GUUAGUCUAAUACCACCCGCUAGAUUGCUAGUACCCGUAGUUUAUCACUGCCUGUUAGUAAAAUUCAGUAAAACUAUAUUCUUCUGACUGGAUCCUCUCCUCUAUUACAUCAAGAGCAGGAGAAGGGUCGACAAGAUGUCUUUAAAGCUGACUUUUUGUCUGCUUUUAGCCUUUUUAGUAUGUACACAAGCAUUGCCCAUUAAAGAGAAAGAGUCAGGAGAAAGCGGAUUUUACGACUCCGAUGACGAGAAUACAAAAGAAGUGGAAACAGGCGAAGUAGAUAAUUAUGAUGACGAAGGAAAAGAUGAUGAAGUUGAUGAUGAGAAGGAAUCAUCCUUUCAGACAGAUGAUGAUGCUGAAAAUCCCGAUAAACAAGGGGUUACUGAUAGUAACGAUGAAUCAGAUGAUGAAAGUGGUUCGAAGAAGAGCUCAGUAAGCGGUGAACAAGAGGAUGAAGCAGCCUCUGGAUCUGGAUCUGGAAGCGGCAGUGGGGAAAAACCACCAAAAGCUGAACAAGCUGGCCCAUGUCCACCUCCAUGUUCUGGACCUUUUACUGAACGCUGGGUCCCAAGACCACGUUAUGUGCCUGGACCACCCGUACCUCCACCUCCAUUCCAGCCACCUCCACCUCCAAUGCAGGCUCCUCCUAUGGCUCCUCCUAUGUGUGCACCCUCAUGCCCUAUGAGUUGUGCCCCAUCAUGUGAGCCAUCGUGCUGUGGUGCUGCCCCUGUUGUCUUUCAACCACCACCACCUCCUCCACCUAUGCCAAUGCCUAUGCCAAUGUCAACACAAUGUCAGCCUUCUUGUGCUCCAACCUGCUGCCCACCUCCUCCACCUCCACCACCCCCUCCACCACCACCACCUCCACCUCCACCACCUCCACCACCUCCACCACCACCAGCCAUUUGCCCACAGACUUGCCAACCCACUACAUGCCAACCCAAUUGUCCUCCAAUCUGCUGCAAAUAGAUAACUAGAUCAAUUGAUAGGAGAUAAUGAUAUUAAAUAGUGUGUAUUCAUGAAGCAGCAGUCGAUUUGUAGCUCACCAGUUAAAACAUUAAAAGAGUAGAGUAUGCUUCAUGACUGUAUAUCAAUGCAUAUUGUAUAUUACUUAGUAUUAUUAUUACAAUCUUAUUUCAGAAUAAAGUGUUUUGUCUUUGAUAAGGUA